AUGGCACUUGCACCAAAGUUUGCAGGACAGGCCUACUCUGCCAACGUAUCUCCGAAAGCUGUACAUACACUGGAAUUAUAUCUCGACUAUGUCUGCCCGUUCUCCGCCAAAAUGUUCAACACUCUCAACUCCUCCGUCCUCCCCACGCUAAGUGAGAAAUACCCAGCAAAAGUGCAAUUCAUCUUCCGGCAGCAAAUUCAGCCGUGGCACCCGUCUUCAACGCUUGUUCACGAGGCAGGGGCAGCUGUUCUACGCUUAUCCCCUGACAAGUUUUGGCCCUUCUCCGCUGCACUUUUCGGCAAGCAGCAGGACUUCUUCGACGUGAAUGUUGUCAAUGAAAAGAGGAAUGACACGUACAAGCGACUCGCCAAGAUCGCUGGUGGUGUAGGCGUAGACGAGGGGCAGUUCUUGGAUUUGUUAACAGUGUCAGAUAAACCGGCCACUGAUGGAAGUCUCAACACUGGAAAUAAGGUCACGGAUGAUGUGAAGCUGCAGGUGAAGGCAAACAGGCGUACUGGUGUGCAUGUGACACCGACAGUCCUGUUCAAUGGAAUCGAGGAGGGCAGCAUCUCUUCAAGUUUUACUGCUCAACAAUGGCAGGAAUGGCUUGAAAAGAACAUUAAGUAG